AUGGCCGCUGCUUCGUCGAGCUCGAUGACGGUCGACGCCGCUUCGACCGCGAGCAAGACAUUUGAGCUCAACAAUGACAUCCAGACGGUGAGCUAAGUGCUUCGGAUAGCUACAGUACUCGAUGGCAACCACAUCGUAGGCUGGCACGGGCUGACCCCACCGUUGCAUGAUCGUUCCACCUCCCUCGUCACCUCGGACUUUGCUCCCACAGGUCGACUCGAUCUUUCGCCACGACCAAGCCGAGCAGAGACGACAACUGGCCGCGCAACCAUGGAAGAAGGACCCGCACUACUUCCAGCAUGUGCGCAUCUCGGCCGUCGCGCUCAUCAAGAUGGUCAGUUUUACAAACCAGUGGGCGAGCCAUGUCGAUCCGAGACGCUCAGCUUUCUCGUCUACGUUGGCUCUCUCAGGUGAUGCACGCCCGGUCAGGAGGACAGUACGAGAUCAUGGGGCUGAUGCAGGGCAAGCUCGACGGCGACACGAUGGUCGUCAUGGAUGCGUUCGCCCUCCCCGUCGUCGGCACCGAGACCCGAGUCAAUGCCCAGAACGAUGCCAACGAAUUCAUGAUUCAGUAUAUCGAGUCAUCCUCUGCUGUGCGUUACUCUACCGAUGUUUCUGGCUCCGAACGGGGCGCUCCCAACCCCCACCCCACUCGCUGGACCCGGGAUACUGAUCCUCCCUUGACUCCUUUCUCUCAGAUCGGACGACUCGAAAACAUCAUCGGAUGGUAUCACUCCCAUCCUGGCUACGGGUGCUGGCUUUCCGGUAUCGACGUGCAGACGCAAAAGAUUCAUCAGGCCUUUGAAGAUCCGUUCUUGGCUGUGGUGGUAGGUUCUUCGCCGGCCUGGACAAGUCCACUCGUGCUGUAUGUGUGUAGGACCGAGAGCUGAUCCUCGGUCGUGUGUCUCGUUGCAUCAGAUCGACCCCAACCGCACCAUCUCCGCUGGUCGAGUCGAAAUCGGCGCUUUCCGAACCUACCCUGACGUGAGUGGCCUCGUUCGCCCGUUCCGUACCUCGGAGCUUACGAAAUAACUUCGACUUGCUACUACAGAAUUACACUCCUCCGAACGCCGCGCCUUCCGAAUAUCAAUCGAUCCCGUUGAACAAGAUCGAAGAUUUCGGUGUGCACGCCAACUCGUACUACCCGCUCGAAAUCUCGCACUUCAAGUCGACGCGCGACACCGAACUGCUCGACAAGUUGUGGAACAAGUAUUGGGUCACGACGUUGAGUCAAUCCCCCAUGGUCACCGUAAGCCACCUUCACAACCGGCGUACUCGGCAUAUGAUGAGUCGAUGCUGACCUCGGACCGUGGGCGCGGAUGUGAUGAUGAUAGAACCGGGCAUACACGACCGCGCAACUCGGUGAUCUUGUCGAGAAGCUCUCCAAGACGGAUUCUUCGGUCCAACACCGCUGCGGAAUCGGGGCCAUGUCCCCCAUCAUCGCCGCCGCUCGUGCCAAAUCCCGCGACUCGUCCUCCAAAGACAAGGACGGUACGGCCAAGAAGGAGGAAGAGACCCCGCUCGCUCGUGCGGUCAGGGAUAGCAACAAGAUGUCCGCCGAGGCGAGCCAAAACCUCAUUGGGAUGUUGAUCAAGGAUACCUUGUUCAAUGGGGGGAGGUUGGCGCAACAGGGUCGGAACGACGGUCACUUGGAGCUGCCCCCUGUGACGCUUUAG